UGUGCGCAUGCUCGGCUGCCGCGUCCGCCGGGGGCUCGAGCCGCUGCUAUCUGUUGCGCCGCCGCCCGCGGGAGCCGGCAGAUCCGGGUCUCGUGGCUCUGAGUGACGCGGUCAAUCGAAUCCAAACACAGGAGGGGGAGUCCGCCGGCGGCCCGGAGCAGCAGCGGCAGCGGCGUCCGGAGCGGCCGCAGCGUUCCGGAAGCUCCAGGCGGUCCUUCUGCCGAGACCUGGUCCCGGCUCCCACCCUCCCCGCCCCGUCGGUUGUUGUCUGGGCGGAUUUAAACAGUCAAGUAAAACCAAGCUGGGUAAUCAUGGCAGAAGGUGGAUUCGAUCCCUGCGAAUGUAUUUGCUCCCAUGAACAUGCAAUGAGAAGGCUGAUCAAUCUGCUGCGGCAGUCCCAGUCCUACUGCACAGACACAGAGUGUCUCCAGGAAUUGCCAGGACCCUCUGGUGAUAAUGGCAUAAGUGUUACUAUGAUCUUGAUGGCCUGGGUGCUUAUUGCAGUGAUCUUGUUCUUACUGAGACCUCCUAAUCUAAGAGGAUCCAACCUACCGGGAAAGCCAACCAGUCCUCAUCAUGUAAGUGCUGGACAAGAUCCACCAGCUCCUCCUGUGGACUAACUUUGUGAUAUGGGAAGUGAAAAUAGUCAACACCUUGCACGACCAAAUGAACGAAGAUGACCAGAGUACUCUUAACCCCAUUAGAACUGUUUUUCCUUUUGCAUCUGCAAUAUGGGAUGGUAUUGUUUUCAUGAGCUUCUGAAAUUUCACUUGCAAACUUAUUUUUGCUUCCUGUAUUAUCACCAUUCCUAUCUACAGUAUAUUUGAGUAAAUGAUUAUAUUAAAAGAUACAUGGGGCUUUUUGGUUGUCCUAAACUUAAACAUUCCACUCAUUCUGUUUGUAACUGUGAUCAUAAUUUUUUGUGGUGAUUUCUGGCCUGAUUGAAGGAAAUUUGAGAUAUCUGCACUUAAAUAUUUUAAAUAAUUUUGAAAGGUUUUUAAAUUUUUUUUCAUAAGGUAUUUAUGAAGUUAUUUGGGGUUAUCUGGGAUUGUAUGAAAGAGAAUUAGAACUACACCAUAUUUAAAUUUACCUUGGUAGUUUAUUUGUGGAUGGCAGUUUUCUCUAGUAUUUGGGACUGUGGUAGCUCUUGAAGUAUUUUACAAACUACAGCUGAAAUCUGUGGCACCCAUUAGAGAACUGGCUUAUGUGGCUAGAGUAGGAGAGGAAAAGAAAUAAACGGUUGUUUACUUCCCCCCCAUUUAAAGUGUCUAUUGUUAAAAUUUAAAUAAACAUGAUUCAUCAAUAUGGUGGGUGACUUAUGGUCCAUUAUAUGACAUUUGUAAGACACUGUACAUAGCCUUACAAGGUUCCUGAAAGGAGGAAGAAGUCUUAAUUCUGCCUUUGCCAGGUGUAAUCUAUAUGAUGAUAAUUUAGAGUAUAAUUUAUUUGUAAAAUGAGUGCCUCUCAGGAAGCUGCUUUUCUGUCCUAACACAUGUUAUAUGAAAUUAUCUUCAGUUUGUAUUGGGGCCUGGUAGAUUAUUUGAAUGCCUCUUUUCUUUGCUUUUUUCUUUUUGAAGAAAAUUUUUGAGUCCUGUUGUCCCUCUUAGAAAAUUUGUAAUCUUAAUAUACUCCAAGGGAAAACAUGGACAAUGAGAAGCAAUCAAGGGUAUUUUUUUCAGCUCUGAUCUAAUUCUCUUUGAUUAUCGGAUGGAUCAGCGUAGGAAGGAGCAUUAAUAGAAGUGAAAAUUUGCAGUGUGUUUGAGAAAGUAAAAGGUUACAUUUUCUUGCUUGGUUUGAAAAAAAGUGAAUACAAAUGGCAUUUAAAAAUGUCUGUGUGACUGAUGUGACUGUGGAAUUGUUUUCCUGGCACCUGAUUGCAGAUGAUUUAUGGGAGCUAGAAGACACUUGGUGAUUAAUGUAAGGAUGCUUCCCAUGCCCCACCCGCUGCAGCCGCUCUAACAAUUCAGCGUAUAGCUCUGAGAAAUUAUUUGUGUGACUUGAGUUCUCUAUAUCACUGUAAUAUUUAAUACUCUAAAGAAUUAUGGGACACUCACAGGCUAUUUUCCCCUUCAUUAUCAUUACAUUCUAGGCCAUAAACACCGUAAGUGUUUCAUCUCAUUAUAUAGUCCUACACUGGCUACUUGCCGCCUCCUCGUGCAUCCUGGCCUUGUGCAUCCUGGCUUUGUGCCCCACUUCUUGAGAUAAUAAAACCAACUGUUAAUUGCGCUAAUAGAGGGGUAGUGUGACACAGGUAAGUUAAAUUCUAGACAGCUGAGCACCACAGAGUGAUGGGUUUUCCUUUUGCCGUGGGCGCCUGGAAGCCUUCCCAGCUGUAUCACUGAUUCAGUAUUUAAAGCAGAAAGGGCUGGAAUAGAUAAGUCAUAAGAUAGGGCAAAAUCCUGCAGCUUUUGUUUUUCUGCCCUUGCCCCUGGAGUUCUGAAGGCUAGCGCAUGUAUCCCAACAGUCUGUUCUAUGACCUGCUAGAAAGCCAACUGCUGGCAGAGCAACGGAUGUAUUCACUGAACCUGACUCCCAAGUAAUGGAAAAUGGCUUUGGUUGAAGAAGCGGCCAAAACAUGGAUUCAGAAUAUCUACUAUUAGAGACCCGGAAAUGUGGAUCCUUAUUCCUAGUUCUUCAUUUCUGUCACAUUCACUUAAUUGACAUUACGUCUGAAUAUAUUAGCCUUUUCCACUAUGCAUCGUCUAUUUGGUAGCUGACGUUCUUGACAAAAUGCUGAGUCUUGGUGUUUUUGCUUAUGACAUUUCUCUGCAUUCUUCAAAAGGUCGGUGUGCUGAACAGAAAGGAUCCUUGUGAAGCUAAUGAUUUAUAUACUUAACGCUUCCAGCAUCUACAGGUGGCCUUUUUAUUGAGCCCAAAAUGAUUACUUGGCUUAUAAACAUUCAUCUGAAUUGUGCCUCUAAUUCUUGUUUUAAAAACAUGGUAAUAAGAAAGAUAAAAACUUACAUUUUUUUCGCUAUUUGCUCUUUUAACAUUUCACAAAUGCCAUUUAGAAUUUUUUUAGAGUCAUUUAAUAUUCUUUUAUGCAAAAUAAUGGUCUUUUUUUCUUUUCCAUAUGGAAAAGGUAAACAUUGGAACUAUUUACAGUAAAAGAUUUUAUGUAUUUCUCCAAGCAUUUCCCCAUACCCCAUGGUCAACAAGUCAUAUUUUACAACCUUAGAGAUUUUCCAGAGUAACUAUUGAGUACAGCUAUUCCAUAGUACUUUUAGUGUCUUUGUUAUAUGCAAGGUGAUAGAGUUUAUGGAUUACCAAUCAAUAUCUUAAAAAUUUUCAAAGGAACCAUAGAAAUUUGUCACUCUGGUUGUGUGCUUAAAUUUGACCAGCUUAGUUUAAGACACAGAACAGCAAUUUAAAGAAGGAAAAAUAAACAGUUUAUAGUUAAUGAGUUAAAUUUUGUUUGCAAUAAGAGAUUUAGUCUUAUAAUAUUUCUAAAUAAAAAAUCAUGUGUUAUAUCUGAUUACUUUGUUAAAAGCAAAAGUGGUCAUGUGAUAGGCUAAAUGUUAAUUGCUGUUUUAUAAAUGUUUAAAUCAUGCCAAACAAAUCAUGUCUGUGCCAUCCAGGGUUUAUUGUUAAUCUUUUACUGAGUACUUGGAUUGGGAUAAAGGGCUUGUACUAUGCACUUUUUAUUGAAUAAAUAGAAAAUGUUAGUAACA